AUGAAGUUCUUCCAACCUGUUCUCCUUUUUGCAUUGGCCACCACGGCUUACGCGGCUUGUACCAUUGAUGGCACUGAUCCCAACUGCUGCUGGGGAGGUGAUCAGGGAUCCGACGCCUGCUCGCGCCAAAACGGCGGCACCGGCUGCAUUCUGGGCGCUGAAGCCGGGAACUUUUGUAUGAAUAUGGGCAUUCCGAACUCCAAAUGCGACGCCGACUGCUGUGACACGAGGACCGGUUGGGGCAAGCCUUGCCCCAAAGGCAAGAACAGAUGUGACCCAGACUCUGGAUGCCCUUACUAG